UUAUCGGAGCUCGGCGGGAGUUUGAGCACCGGGUUUUCUGCUUUUAGUCCUUACACCCACCCAGACUCCUCGGUGGGGAUGUGGGGACCCUGGACAUCAGGGGGUUUUGAGUUCGUGUGUCUGCCUCUGGUCGUGGUGGUGAUGUGCUGUGCUCAGAGCGUAAACGAGCCAGGAAACAUGUCUUACGUCAAAGACACCGUGGAUAAACUGUUGAAAGGAUAUGAUAUCCGUCUACGACCGGACUUUGGAGGUCGACCGGUUGCCGUUGGGAUGAGUAUAGACGUGGCGAGUAUAGACAUGGUGUCAGAAGUCAACAUGGACUACACAUUGACCAUGUACUUCCAGCAGUACUGGAGAGAUAAGAGGCUGGCGUAUGUGGGGAUCCCUCUGAAUCUGACCCUGGAUAACAGAGUGGCAGACCAGCUUUGGGUACCUGACACGUAUUUCCUCAAUGACAAGAAGUCCUUCGUUCACGGGGUCACUGUGAAGAACAGGAUGAUUCGACUACACCCCGAUGGCACAGUUCUCUAUGGCCUCAGAAUCACGACAACAGCAGCCUGCAUGAUGGAUCUGAGGAGAUACCCACUGGACGAGCAGAACUGCACUCUGGAAAUUGAGAGUUACGGAUACACGACAGAUGACAUAGAGUUUUACUGGAAAGGAGGAGACAAUGCUGUAACUGGGGUGACACGCAUCGAGCUCCCCCAGUUCUCCAUAGUUGACUACAAACUGGUUUCCAGGAACGUGGUCUUUUCCACAGGUGCCUACCCUCGACUGUCUCUGAGUUUCAAGCUGAAGCGAAACAUCGGGUACUUCAUCCUGCAGACGUACAUGCCCUCCAUCCUCAUCACCAUCCUUUCCUGGGUGUCGUUCUGGAUAAAUUAUGACGCCUCAGCUGCCAGAGUUGCAUUAGGGAUCACCACUGUCCUGACCAUGACAACCAUCAACACUCAUUUAAGAGAGACUCUGCCCAAAAUCCCGUACGUCAAAGCCAUUGACAUGUACCUGAUGGGCUGCUUCGUGUUCGUCUUCCUGGCCCUGCUAGAGUACGCCUUCGUCAAUUACAUCUUCUUUGGACGAGGACCUCAAAUGCAGAAGAAACUGGCUGAGAAGGCCCAGAAGGCCAACAACAACCGGGAUAAGUUUGAUAAACCCAAGUCCGUCCAGGAAGGAGGAAAUUGCAAGUCUUCGUCUCUUAAAAUGUCCAAUCAGGUACAAGGGCGCCGUCACUCACGACGGCAAACAGAACAAGGACUGCAGGGACUCUCUCCGGUCGACACCCCGGGGAACAUUUUACUGACAACCUUGGAGAUCCACAACGAGGUUGGAGAGAAUGAGAUCACAACCACCAUGACCGAGACCCACAACUCCUCCUCCACCUUGUACGAAAACACGGGGAUCCAGCACAGGAAGUCGAGCAGAGCGUGCGAUUCUACCCGCUCCAGCGUGGACAGGAACGCGUUUCCAAAGAAAACACGACUGCGGAGACGAUCCUCGCAGCUGAAAAUCAAAAUCCCAGACCUCACUGACGUGAACGCCAUCGACAGAUGGUCACGGAUUAUAUUCCCCUUCUCAUUCUCCCUCUUCAACUUAAUCUACUGGCUUUACUACGUCAAUUAAUGCAUGGAUGAUGAUGUUUGUGAAACCCAUUCCUGUCCUCCUCUUGUUUUUGGAUGAAAGGACACUUAAGGAUUAUCCAUAUGAACUGUUUUUUUAUCAUUGUGAGUGAAGACUGAUCACAGACGUGUCACUCAGAGUGUGUGCAUCUCUGGAUGUACAGAAACAAAGAUUAUCUACCGAACAUUUAUUUUACAAAGACUUACAUGUACUUUAAAUGACUCUGACCGCAUGGACACUGUAUCAGAUGGAAAGAGGCACAGACUCUGACUUAAUUUAUAACAACUGGAACCACAAUCUCACAAGGCAAUGUCAGACAAAUUAAUGCAAAUGGUAAAACAGCUAACAAAGUUUAACUGCAGUUUAACAUCUACUGUAGUAUUGUCAAUAUGCACAUAAGAGCUCGACUGAUUCAAUAUUUCUGGACUGAUGU